GUUUUGUUUUCAAUUUUGCCAAUUGCAAAGUCAUCCAAAUAAUGCAGACGCCACCUCCAUCUGCAUCGCCGCAGGUCGCUGGGGCGGGCAUUGUUGGGCACAGUCGACUCGCAGCGAUUCCCGAGACGCCACAGGCGCAUGCAACACCACUGCACCAGCACCAUCAGCACCAUCAGCACCAUCAGCAGCAGCAUGCGAGCAAGGUCGAGGGUGACAGCAGCGGCGGCGACGACGACGACCAGGACGACAGCCACGACCAGGACGACAGCGCGUCGGUCGAAUUCGAAUCGCACAACAACUACAACAACAGCGGCACCAGCGGCACCAGCAGCAGCAGCACUUCGCUCGCCACACCAGACAAGGGCAAGAAGAAGAAGAAGCGAUCCAUCCUUGCCAAGCUCAUUGCCGUGGGCAAGCGACGCACACACCCGGCAACGACCUCGGCCGCGUCAACCACACCCACCACCCCGACUAUGACGACGACGACGACGACGACGCCUGGCACGUUGACGGAAGGACCUGCCACUCACCAAGACCCAGUGUUCUUCCAUGCAGCUGCACAAGACGCCGUCGUGGCUGUGGUGGCAGAGUCCGUCGCUGCUCCGUCGAGACUGCCUCACAAUGGAAGCGAAUCCGUGCAUGACGAAUUUCUGAGCAGCUCGGAAUCAAGCUCGAUUGGCUCCAUUAGUCCCCGGACGUCCAUGCACAAUCGUUCGAGCCAAGUGCACUACCAGCAGCACCAGAUUCAAAGCCAGACCAUCGCCGUCACUGCCGCAUCGCUUGACAUGCUCGUACCUCCUGCUGCAACGGCUACCACAACAACAACAACGACGACAACGACCACCACCACCACGAGCUCAUCUACUACGACCGCGACUGCAAGCGGUCACACUGCGACGACUGCAAAUGGGGUGACACCUAGCUCGUUGCACUCCACGUCCAGAAUCGGCCAGUUUUUGCGCGGCAUUUCUGGCACCAGUGGCGUUCCUCAUGCAGAUCGCAAUGAAGAAGAUAUUGCAAAACGGGCAAGCCGUCUCGACUCGCAGUCUGUGAAAAGCACGCCAAGCACACCCAAAUUUGGAUCGAUAGCUCUCGAUCGAUGCGAGCACAACUUCAAGUCGCGCCACGCCAAGACUGUCCCGCCAUUGACCCUCGAUGGCACCCCGGCACUCGCAGACAUUCGGUAUGACAGGCUGGAGAUUGUGCUCCUCGAGGGACGUAACCUUGCCAUCCGUGACCGCAACGGUUUGUCCGACCCGUACUGCCGAUUCCGCCUGGGCAAGGAGCAUUUCAAGUCGCGAACCAUCCACAAAAAUCUCAACCCGCGUUGGGAUGAAAAGUUUGUGCUCCCCGUUGAAGACGUCCAUACGAGUCUGCACAUUUCCGUGUUUGAUCACGACUACACUGGCAGCGAUGACCCGAUGGGCGUGGCAGUGCUUGAUGUUGCGUCUCUUGUUGGCCUUGCCGAGCCAAAGCACUGGAAUGCAGUCCUUCAGGAUGUCGAGUGCGGGGAGCUCGUCCUUAAACUGCGUCUCAUUCCAAAGCGCGAGGACGCUGCUACGUUGUUUUCUUUGACCAAGCGCGGCCGGCGUGCCACACCCAAAGCCCCCAAAAAUCAAGCGCAGGCAACAAUGAGGAGCGGGUCUCUUGCAAUUACUCUCCUGGAAGGUCGGAAUCUCGUUGUUCGCAACUACUCGUCUGAAUCAUCCGAUCCCUACGUCAAGUUCAAGCUGGGUCGCCAAAAGUAUCGGUCCAGUGUCGUUACCAAAACCCUCAAUCCCAAGUGGCUCGAGCAAAUGGAAAUGGCUGUAGCGGACGAGGCGCAGGUGUUGCAGCUCCGUUUGUUUGACAAGGACUUUGCCAACAAGGACUCGCCGAUGGGCUGGUGCGAAAUUCCGCUCGAUUCCCUGGCCCCCGGUCGCACGGAGGAUGUCUGGAUUUCCCUCAAAGAUGUCGAGCAUGGUGAAUUACAUCUGCUUCUCACAUUAGUUUGGGACAACUCCCAAGGCGAUGCCAUUGACAAGAUGAAGUGGCAAGACCUCUCUCUCAAAAAGCUGGUUGGAUGUUUGACUGUGAACGUGAUGAAGGCCGAGGGUUUGGUGGCAGCUGAUGUUGGUGGCACAAGUGACCCCUACGCCGUUCUCGAGCUGGGAAACCAACGUCUGAAAACCAAUACUAUAUUCAAGACUCUCAAUCCCAUUUGGAACCGUGAAUUUGUUUUCGACGUGCGCGACGUUCACUCGGUUUUGGACGUCUCUGUCUUUGACGAGGACAAGGGCGGCAAGAGCGAUUUUCUCGGUCGCGUGGUGAUUCCUUUGCUCAACAUUCGGCCCGGACCUCAGCAAUACCUACUGAAGAACGAAAGACUGCUGGAUCGUACGAAAGGCAGUAUAACAUUGGAGCUCCAUCUCGACUACCACUUGAUCAAAGCUGCGCUCCAAACGAUUGAACCAAAGGAACAGCGCUAUUUGGACACGGAAGCCAAGUUUAAGAUUGCUCUGCUGAUGCUGAACGUCAAGAGAGUGCGACGAGUCAUUGUCAGCAUCACGGACUUUCUGGGGUACAUCAAGAGCGUGUUUGAGUGGGAGCACCCCAUGCGCAGUGCCUUUUCCUUCUGUUUCUACAUUUACAUGUGCCUGUACUUUCAAGUAUGGAUGCUCCCAGUCUUCUUGCUGGCCACCUUCGGGUACCAGUACAUGUCGUUCCGGAUUUACGGACCGACUCAACCGGACAAUCUGCUCGAUUUCGCUGAAAACGACACCGAUGACGAUGUGGACGAUGACGACGACACGCCUGGCGGCAAAGGCAGGAAGCGUAAAGAGCCUGCUGCUACCAGCCUGCGCGCGCGCAUCAAGGCGAUUGAGAAAAUUACCCAAACCGUCCAAAAUGUUCUUGGAAGCGUGGCGUCCACGGGAGAGCGUGUGAAAAACCUUUUCAACUGGAAUGUGCCGUUUGUGGCGGCACUCUGCGUUUCUGCCCUGCUGGUAGUGACGAUCGUGCUGUACAUUGUUCCAUUGCGCUGGCUUCUGCUCGUUGCCGGCAUCAACAAGUUUACCAAAAAGUUCCGCAAGCCUCCAGGCUACGUCGGUAACAACGAAAUUGCAGACCUGCUCUCGCGCCUGCCGUCCGACUUUGAGCUCGUGCAACGCAUGGAACUCAAGAAUCCGCCCAUCUCCAACGCUGUUGUGCUUCCUGCCGUGGCUCAGGCCAGUGGAAGUGGGCCCAGCGCAAGCCCAAUCGGUGCGAACGGCUCCAAAAGCGAUCGCAACUCGAAAAAGUUGUGAGAAUCCGUUGGGACUGGUUGUUGGGGAGGGGGUUUUCUCCUUCCUGCGACCACUUUUUGGUCGAUGUUGCUUGUCAUGUUGUCCGUUGUCUUUGCAUUUGGUUGAUGUGGUUGGUGUUUCACGCGAAGCGCUGAUGAAAAAGAAGAUUUCGUUGUUGGAUCAAACAUACUCGAUCUACAGUUUUGAGUUCCUUCUUGCCGCUUCGUACUGUAUUACAUGACUUUUUGGUCG